AUGCCUCUGCUCUUCCCCAACCUCCGCGUGCACCAGAUAUUUGGAGCAAACACUGAUGUUGGCAAGACGCUCCUCACCACCGCCCUCAUUCGGUCCAGCGCUUCUCGGCUCGCUCGCAAGGGUGAGGCCGGGAAGCGCAUCUUCUACCUCAAGCCGGUUAGCACUGGCCCCGAGGAAGACUCUGAUGUUGGCUUUGUGAACCGUCAUACCAAGCCGUAUGCCGAUGUGAUCUCGACAAGGAACUUGUAUUCGUACCGCGAGCCAAUGUCGCCUCAUCUUGCGGCUCAACUGGCACCCGACCUGCCUUUUCCCAAAAGCAACGACGAGCUUGUCCGUGGCGUGGAAAAGUACACUGCAGAGGUGGUGCGCUCCUUGAACGGAAAGGAAGGCGACCUCUACGUCGAGACGGCCGGAGGUGUCCACUCACCAGCUCUCCACCCACCUCACACCCAAUCGACCUUCCUUCGCCCCCUCCUCCUCCCUUCCGUCCUCAUCGCCUCCCCGCACCUCGGCGGCAUCUCCACCACCCUCGCGUCUUACGAGUCCCUCCUCAUGCGUGGAUACGACGUCAAGGCGGUUCUCUGCCUGCACGACUCGUACUACCGCAAUGACGACUUUCUCCGAGGAUACUUUGGUGACCGCGGUAUUGGGUUCUACGACGUGCGCCGCCCGCCUGAGAAGCAGGGCACUGUGGCCGAGGACGCUGCUCGUCUUGCCGAGUGGUAUGCUCAGGUCGAAGGCGUUGGCGGGGAGGCGCUCGGCGAGGGUGGUGUCGGUGGUGCCGUCCAGUGGCUCGAGGAUAAGCACCGCGAGCGUGUGGCGGAGAUUGAGAGCAUGCCCCAGCGUACUCUGGACACGGUGUGGUGGCCCUUCACCCAACAUGGUCUUGUGAACAAGAAGGAACAAGUCAUGGUCAUCGACUCGGCCCACGGCGACCACUUUGACGCCUACUACGCCAAACCCUCCGGCACCCCCACACCCAAGGACGAGAGCCUUCUCGAGCCCUUCUUUGACGGCGCUGCGAGCUGGUUCACCCAGUCUCACGGCCACGCCUCCGAGCCACUGACAAUGGCUGCGGCGCAGGCUGCUGGGCGCUACGGCCACGUCCUGUUCCCCUCGGGGACUCACAAGCCUGCCUUGGAGCUGGCUGAGAAGCUGAGGGAGACUGUAGGCAAGGACUGGGCCGACCGCGUGUUCUACUCGGACAACGGCAGUACUGGUAUCGAGGUCGGCCUCAAGAUGGCCCUGCGUGCCAGUGGUCGUCGGUACGGCUGGCCAGGAGAACUCGGCGGGGAUGUUGGCGUCAUUGGUCUUCGGGGCGGAUACCACGGUGAUACUAUCGGCGCCAUGGACGCGACACCUGCAUCGACGUUCAACACCGCUGUUGACUGGUACAAGGGCCGCGGUCACUGGUUCGCCCCUCCAGUCGUGCUCGUAAAGGACGGCGUGCCGACCGUGUCCACUACGGAACCCGACUCGUGGGCGUCGCUCCCUUCCUCCCUGUCUUCCGAGUCCAAGCCCAACGGCGACGGCUGGUCCCUCUCCUUCCCCACGAUGGAGAAUGUGUACGAUCUCGAGUCCCGCCGCACCUCCUCACUGGCAGACUACUACCGCGCCCACAUUCGUGCGACGUACGAGCGCCUUGCAGCUGAAGGACGCCAGUUUGGCGCUCUGAUCAUUGAGCCCACGUGUCUCGGAGCGGGCGGAAUGGUCUUUGUCGACCCCUUGUUCCAGUACUGCCUCACCGAGGUGACGCGCGCUAGCGAGGACCUCUUCUCUGGCAAGCCUGACGGGGCCAAGUAUGAGUCGUCCCUUGCCGCCAUCCCUCAGCGGGACAAUGCCGAGUGGCAGGGUCUGCCUGUCAUCUACGACGAAGUGUUCUCGGGUCUCCACCGCUUCGGCUACCAUUCGGCCGCUGCCGUGCUGGGUGCCACACCAGACAUCUCAGUGUACGCCAAGAUCCUCACUGGCGGCCUCCUCCCUCUGUCGGCGACACUCGCGUCCAAGUCGAUCUUUGCAGCCUUCCUCUCGGACAAAAAGGUCGAUGCGCUCCUGCACGGCCACUCGUACACUGCCAACCCUAUCGGAUGCGCCGUCGCCCUCCGUGCCCUGGGCAUGAUCGAGGACGCGGAGACGAGCGACGCGUGGGCCACGCCCCGCGCCGACUGGGGCGUGCGUGCCGGCGACGAGAGCGCGCGGUGGAGUUUCUGGCGCCGCGACUUCCUCGAGGCCGUGAGCAAGGUCGACGGCGUCAGUGGCGCCAUGGCCAUGGGCACCGUACUGGCCAUUGAGCUCGAGGACGCCAAUGCCGAUUACGCAUCGCAUUCGGCCCAGGCGCUCCUCGACCGUCUGCGCGCCCACCCCGUCACGGACCCGCAUGGCUCGGCCCCGCCCUUCCGUAUCCACUCGCGGCCACUGGGCAACGUCGCAUACUUCAUGACGUCGCUGUUUACGCCGGGCGAGACGGUGCGUGCGAUGGAAGAGGUCAUCUUGCAGGAGGUUGCCAAAAAGUAA